CGCGGCGCCCAAGGAUGCUGCCCUGACACCGGCAUCCCCCGGCAGGUGACCCCGCGGUCCCAACCAUGGCUGCGUCCCCCGGAGGGAUCCCUGCUGAGCUGCAAGAGGGCAUCACCACCCUCCUGGGCACGAAGAAGGUGCUCCUGGUGCUGAGUGUCCAGCUGCAGGUGAAGUCCAAGUAUGACGACUUCAUCUUGGUGCUGACGCCCUGGCGAGCGUAUGUGCUGCCGGUGAUGCUGCCGGUGAGGGUUCACAGCAGCUUCAGCUUCCUGGAGGUGAGGGAGAUGACAGUCCAAGAGCCCAGUGUGGUUGUCAUAGAAACAGAUGCAGCAUCUUACGCCUUCCGGUUCAUGUCCUUGGAUGAUUUGGAGCAAGUUGUUAUCCAUGUCACCAUGUCACUUAAGAAGGUCUUUCCAGACUCAUCCCUUGGGACACUGCUCAAGAACUCCCCCCCCAGCCUGUAUGAGAGGAUCCAGCAGAUCCUGGACUCGCUGGAGGAAAUGCUGCAGAGCAGCCCUGGGCCCUGUGGGGGGUUUUCGGAGACCUACGCUGCUCUGUGUGACUACAACGGCUUCGCCUUCCGCGAGGAGAUCCAGUGGGACGUGGACAACAUUUACCACAGCCAGGACUGCCGGGAGUUCAACCUGCUGGACUUCAGCCACCUGGAGAGCCGAGAUGUGGCGCUGAGUGUCGCUGCCUUGUCCUUCAACCUGUGGUUCACCAAGCUCUCCUGCAAGGACUUCAAGCUGAACCAGGAGAUUUCAGAGCAGCUGCUCUACAUGCUCAGCAAAUCGGUGACGCUGGAGGAGCUGGUGCUGGAAAACAGCGGGUUGAAAGCUGACUUUGUGCAGAGGAUGGCCCAGGCACUCAGCAGCCAUCCUGACUCUGUCCUGCACACCAUCAACCUCUCUGGCAACCAGCUGGAAGACAGAGGGAUUGCUGCCUUCAGCCGGCACCUGGAGAAGAGUUCCAAGGGUCUGCAGAGUCUCAGCUUGGCCAGGACAAUGCUCACAGCCAAAGGGAUGAGCACACUGUGUAAGGCCCUCGCAGAUAACAAAACCAUUGGAUUCUCCCUCCGGCACCUGGACCUCUCUGGAAACCCCGGCACCCUGGCUGGGGAUGACAUCAGUAACCUGCAGAGCCUCCUCCGCCAGUGCCACUCUCUGUCCCACCUCAGCCUGGCUGGCACGGACUGCCCUUUGGAUGCUCUCUUUGGAGCCCUGGUCCACGGGUGCCACAACAGCCUCAUCCACCUGGAUCUCUCCAAAAACCUGUACUCCCACAGGAGGGUGAAAACCAUCUCCCCUGACGUCAAGGAGUUUUUCAGCCAGGCCUGUGCCCUCAGACACGUCUCCCUGGCAGGUACCAAGCUGCCUGCAGAUGUUGUGAGGGCGUUGCUGCAAGGGCUGGCAGACAACAGCCACAUCAGUGACCUGCACCUGGAUCUUAGCAGCUGUGAGCUGAGAUCAGCAGGGGCCCAGGUCAUCCAGGAUCUCAUCCCUGAUGCCAGCUCCAUCAGCAGCCUGGACUUGUCUGACAAUGGCUUUGACCCUGACAUGGUGACACUGGUGCUCUCCAUUGGCAGAAGCAAGUCCAUUAGGCACGUCUCUCUGGGGAAGAACUUCAACAUCAAAUCCAAGGAAGGACUGUUGGAUGUCCUGCACCGCAUCGUCCAGCUCACCCAGGAGGAGGACUGUCCUCUCCAGUCUCUGUCCGUGGCUGAAUCACGCCUCAAACUGGGAACCAACGUGCUGCUGAGCGCCCUGGGCAGCAACACCAGCCUCACCGCUCUGGACAUCAGCGGCAACGCCAUGGGGGACACGGGGGCCAAGAUGCUCGCCAAGGCCCUGCAGAUCAACACCAAGCUCAGGACCGUGGUUUGGGACAGGAACAACACAACUGCCCACGGGCUCCUGGAGGUGGCUCAAGCUUUGGAGAGGAACUACACCCUCAAGUCGAUGCCGCUGCCGAUGAGCGACGUGGCGCAGGCGUAUCGCAGCAACCCCGAGAGGACGGAGCAGGCCGUGCACAAGCUCCAGUCCUGCCUGACCAGGAACCAGCUGCGGCAGACGCUGCCGGCCCAGACCUUCCGGCUGCAGCAGGGCAUCCUCACCACCUCUUCUGAACAGAUGGUGAAUGAGAUCUGCCUGAGCGUGCAGAAGCACGUCGACAUCCUCAGCACCUGCCCGGGCAGGGAGGUGCAGGCGGACGUCCUCUGUGCAGAGGAGGCCAUCAGGAACGCCAACCUCUCCGUCAGCAUCCUACCCCUCCUGUAUGAGGCAGGAAACACCCCAUACCAGAAUGGCAAGCUGCAGCACAAGCUGGAGUGUCUCACGGAGGAAGCAUCGCAGACCUGCAGCUGGGAAAUCCAGGCGAUCAUGCAGGCGGUGCUGGACACGGCGCACAGCCUGUGCCCAGACGUGGUGCAGAAGAGCGGGGUCAGGGAUCAGCUGGUCAAUGCCAUGUCGGAGCGGAUCUGCCUCCAGGACCACCUCAGCCUCAGUGCCGUCCUGGACCAGAUGGUCACCGAUGUCUUCAGCAAGCUGAAUGAAAUCAAGCUGUCCAUCACAGCCGCUGCGGCCGACUGCAUCGUGGAUGCUGUGCUGGGAGACCUGACCAUCGCCCAGUGCAAACUGGCAGAGAGCCUCUCCAAGCAGGGGCUCGACCUCCUGGUGCUGCUGCCGGAGUCGGCUGAGGACGAUGCCACCGCGCUGGCGAGGGGCAAGAAUCCUCUGGACCUCGCCGCAGAGGAGUACAAGAUGGCCCUGCGGAGGAAAAACAAGCACUUCAGGAGCAUUCGGCCCACGCCAAGUGUGAGAAGUAAGGUCACUGUGGAACUCCCCGCCGCGCCGCCGGCACGCCCUGCCUGCACAAAGGAUGCUGAGCCUGCGAGCGGCUCGCUCCCCGCCACGCAGCCCGCCACCGCCACCGGAUUCCUUAUGGACCUGCCGACCGCCGGCGAGAAGCUGGAGCAUUGCACCAAAGCCAGGCCCCGGCCCAACCGCCGGCACAAGCAGCCGCCCAGCAAGCCCAAUGUACAGCCCGUGGCCUGCGAGAACAGCGAGGACAGGAGCAUCACCCGUGUGGACGAGGGGCUGGAGGACUUCUUUGCCAAGAGGCUCAUCACAGAAGCACUGCCCCCUGCGGCUCCAGAGACCUGCCCAGGAUCAGCCCCUCUGGCUCCCUCCGGCUCCCGCACCCUCAAGAAGAAAAUCGGGAAUUUUUUUGCCUUCAAGAAACCCAAAUCCAGCCGGGGCUCGAGGUGUGAGAAGGAGCCCGAGGGUGGUCCCACUGCCCCCAGGAGCAGGCGCUCAAUGCUCAGUGACAUUUUACGAGCCCCCAGCAAGGCGGGUGAGGCGGGGAAGCCACUGAGUAAAUCGGAGGAGGGGGGACUCGCUGCUGAGCCCCAGGGAGAGCCUGAGCACUGCCAGACCCCCGACUCUGCCCGAAGGAUCCGGCCCAAGUACUCUCGGGAGGGCAAAUCCCAGUCACUCAUCUUGCUGUCCGGGGAGGACGAGGAUGCGCUGGGGGUCAGGCAUGACAAGAAGAGGCACCUGGAGAAGAGCGAGGGGGAGCUGUCCAGCUCCUUCGAGCAGCGUGUGCAGGUCAUGCUCCACCGCAUCGGCGUCACCAAGGGCCCGGCUGCUGAGAGCAAGAAGCUGCAGAACAAAGACAGCGAGAUCAAGAAAGCCGGCUCAGAUGGGGAUAUCGUGGACAGCUCUGCGGACUCCCCCCCAUCUCUGAAGGCCCGCACACACUCUGUGUCCACAGACAACCGGCUGAUGGCACGGCUGGCAGCGCCACGGGGGACCAGCCGCCGAGCUCUGUCCGUCCACGAGGAGCAGCUCAGGGAGCCCGAGUGUCCGGCAGAGCUGGGAAUGGGCACCGUUCCCCUGCGCCUGCGGCGGUCGCCUGUGCUCAGGCACAGGACCAAGCACGAGUCCCUCUCAGAGAUUGAGGGUGAGCCUGGACCGUCCUUGGAUGCUGAAGGUGCCACGCCGCAGGACUGGCCCCGUGCCGGGCUGGAGGAGCCGCAGGCUGGCACAGGCACUGACGGCGAGCGGCCGCAAGCCCUGGCACAAACUGUUGGGAAUGCACAAGACUCAGCUGCCGUAGACCAAAGACGCCCGGUGCCGGGCCGGGAGGAGCCGGCCCUGGGACAGUGAAGCCCCUGCAUGUCACCACACUGUUCCCAAUAAAACCCUGCAAGCAAGUGCACGGUGCCGGGGUGCUUGGCAGCUGGGGUGCGGAGAGACGGGGCACCAGGCUGGCGUGGAUGUGCCAACGAUGGCAUCGCCCAACUUGUGCCACGGGGACAAGCCAGGCCACCAGCAUCGCCCAGGAUGCCCAGGGACCGUGCCAGAGCCUGCAGGACGCGUCGAGCGGUGUCGUGGUGCCCGCUGCCGCUGUGGGCUGCAGGGGGGAGAGCCGGUGAUUUUUCGGCAGCCAGCUAUUUUUAGGAAGUGUUCCCAAGGCGCUUUCACCACUCCAGCUCCUCGCCCCGUGGGGUGCCGCUCUCUCCAGCCCCCGCAAGACGCAGGCUUCCAUCGGCGGGACCACGACCCCCAGCAUUCCAGCACGCAGCUCCAGCCCCGCAGAUCCCCGACGGCACCAGCGCGAUCCCGACACCCCAGUGGCUUUCUCCUGUGUUGCCCUUCGCUCCGGACCAAACGCAUUCCUUACACAGAUGUUUACGACAAAGCAAGAUGCUUGUUUUGGUUUGGUUUUUAUUUCUUUUUUUUUUUUUUUUUUUUUUUAAUACAAGAGCUGUGUAUUCAAAAAAUAUACAAUUUUUAUUUUUAAUUUCUACAGCAUAACCCUGCGGGAUAUUUUUUGUAACAAAUGAUGCAGGACCCUACCCAAACUAAUCAAUAAAACAUCCGAACUCCUG